UGGAACCCUGGAACUGCUGGAACCCCUGAGUAGCACUGGAUGGCCUGGAGGUGCUGGAACCCCUGGAGGUGCUGGAACCCCUGGAGCACUGGAUGGCCUGGAGCUGCUGGAACCCCUGGAACUGCUGGAACCCCUGGAGGUGCAGGAACCCCUGGAAGCACUGGAUGGCCUGGAGCUGCUGGAACCCCUGGAGGUGCUGGAACCCCUGGAGGUGCUGGAACCCCUGGUAGCACUGGAUGGCCUGGAGGGGCUGGAACCCCUGGAGGUGCUGGAACCCCUGGAGGUGCUGGAACCCAUGGUAGCACUGGAUGGCCUGGGUGUUGGAACCCCUGGAGGUGCUGGAACCCCCUGGUAGCACUGGAUGGCCUGGAGGGCUGGAACACCUGGAGUGCUGGAACCCCUGGUAGCACUGGAUGGCCUGGAGGGGCUGGAACCCCUGGAGGUGCUGGAACCCCUGGUAGCACUGGAUGGCCUGGAGGUGCUGGAACCCCUGGAGGUGCUGGAACCCUGGGAAGUGCUGGAACUCCUGGAGGUGCUGGAACCCCUGGAGGUGCUGGAACCCCUGGAGGUGCUGGAAUUCCUGGUAGCACUGGAUAUCCUGGAAGUGCUGGAACCCUGGAGGUGCUGGAACCCCUGGAGGUGCUGGAACCCCUGGUAGCACUGGAUGGCCUGGAGGUGCUGGAACCCUGGUAGUACUGGAUGGCCUGGAGGUGCUGGAACUCCUG